GUUCCCAAGAGUCAGACAGCUCUCAGUCUGCCAAGAAAGACAUGCUGGCGGCGCUGAAAUCCAGGCAAGAAGCUCUGGAGGAGACACUGCGCCAGCGCCUGGAGGAGCUGAAGAAGCUGUGCCUGCGAGAAGCGGAGCUCACGGGAAAGCUGCCACGAGAAUACCCCCUGGAUCCCGGGGAGGAGCCACCUAUUGUGAGGAGAAGAAUAGGAACUGCCUUCAAACUGGAUGAGCAGAAAAUCCUGCCCAAGGGAGAGGAGGCAGAGCUGGAGCGCCUGGAGAGGGAGUUUGCCAUCCAGUCGCAGAUCACGGAGGCCGCGCGGCGCCUGGCCAGCGACCCCAACGUCAGCAAGAAGCUGAAGAAGCAGAGGAAAACCUCCUACCUGAAUGCUCUGAAGAAGCUGCAGGAGAUCGAGAAUGCCAUCAAUGAGUACCGCAUCAAGUCUGGGAAGAAGCCAACCCAGAGAGCCUCCCUGAUCAUCGAUGAAGGAAACAUUGCCAGUGAAGACAGCUCCCUGUCAGAUGCCCUUGUUCUCGAGGACGAGGAUUCUCAGGUCACCAGCACAAUCUCCCCCCUGCAGUCCCCUCACAAGGGGCUCCCUCCCCGCCCACCACUGCACAACCGACCUCCUCCUCCCCAGUCGCUGGAAGGUCUGCGCCAAAUGCAUUAUCACCGCAACGACUACGACAAGUCUCCCAUCAAACCCAAGAUGUGGAGUGAGUCAUCCUUGGACGAGCCCUACGAGAAGGUCAAGAAACGCUCCUCGCACAGCCAUUCCAGCCACAAGCGUUUCCCCAGCAGCGGGAGCUGUGCCGAGGCCGGAGGGAGCAGCUCCCUGCAGAACAGCCCCAUCCGGAGCCUCCCGCACUGGAACUCCCAGUCCAGCAUGCCAUCCACCCCAGGGCUGAGGGUCAACAGCUUUCACUUUCUUGGCACCUGCAGGUCAGUAGACAUCAGCCCAACCAGACUGCACAGCUUAGCUCAGCACUUUAGACACCGGAGCUCCAGCUUGGAGUCACAGGGAAAGCUCCUGGGCUCGGAAAAUGAGACGGGGAGCCCUGACUUCUACACCCCAAGGACUCGUAGCAGUAAUGGCUCUGACCCCAUGGACGACUGCUCUUCCUGCACCAGCCAUUCCAGCUCCGAGCACUACUACCCUGCCCAGAUGAACCCCAACUACUCCACCCUGGCAGAGGAUUCCCCGUCGAAAGCCAGAGAGCGGCAGAGGCAGAGGCACAAAUCCGCGGGCAACCUGGUCUCCUCCAAUUCAGGGAGUAUGCCCAACCUGGCCGCGAGGAACGGCACGGGACAGCACCGGGUGUACCUGCACAGCCAGAGCCAGCCCUCCUCCCAGUACAGGAUCAAGGAGUACCCCCUGUACAUCGAGGGCAGCUCCACGCCCGUGGUGGUGAGGAGCCUGGAGAACGACCAGGAGGGACACUACAGCGUGAAAGCACAAUUCAAAACCUCCAACUCCUACACGGCGGGAGGCAUGUUCAAGGAGAACUGGCACGGGGACGAGGUGGACUCGGUCAGGCUCACCCCGUCGCGCUCGCAGAUCAUUAGGACUCCAUCCCUGGGCAGGGAGGGCCAGGAGAAGGGCUCGGGCAGGACUUUUUUUUGGUACCAGCGCUCCACGCACAGGGAGCACAGCCGCCUGUCCCACACCAGCUCCACCUCCUCCGACAGCAGCUCCCAGUACAGCACAUCCUCCCAGAGCACCUUUGUGGCUCACAGCCGGGUCACGAGAAUGCCUCAGAUGUGUAAAGCGACGUCAGCUGCCUUACCUCACAGCCAGAGGAGCUCCACGCCGUCCAGCGAGCUGGCAGCCACGCCGCCGGGCAGUCCCCACCACCUCCUCAGCUGGCAGACUGGGAACUACAACGAUAGCUGUUUCCUGGAUUCUCCCCUCUAUCCAGAAUUAGCAGAUGUCCAGUGGUAUGGGCAGGAAAAAGCCAAGCCUGGGACUCUAGUGUGA